CAUUUAUUAUUCUGCUGAAUAUGUCAGGUUGGAAUUCAGAAAGUAUUCUCCCAGAAAUAUGAUUUCCCUGAAGUAUGCGCUCAUUAAAGGUGGUUAAUUCUACAGAGCACGUUUCCUCUAUAAUGUCCCCACCUCCACAUUAGAUUAUGUUUCUACUGUUAUAACCCUACAUAUGACCAUGUGUCUAUUGGGAAUUUCUUGAGUUUUCAUAUGAACUUUUAGGGCUAUUGCUCUAACUCUGACAGUAGAUACAUGGAUCUGAAAGCUGUAAUACAUAGGCAGCUUGCUAAAUUCAAAGACUGGAAGUUGGAGUAGAGGUUCUAUUGCACUGGUGUUGACAAACUGUUAGGGCUUGUAAUCUCUUUCCAGGUUAUCUUUUAGGGACACCCUUAACUCGAGUUCUAUUUUUACGUAUUCCUUCAUUGUCUUUGAGGUCCCUAGAAACUGGGCUGUUCUACUACUUGUUCGCAAUCAACACCUGAUGCUUCUGACCUCCUGCAGUACUGGGAUGAAUGGUGUCCCCCUAAAAUUCAUCUGCUUCUAGGAAGCUCAGAAUGUGACCUUAUUUAGAAAUAGGCUGUUGCAGAUGUAAUUGGUUAAGAUGAGGUCAUCCUGGGAUAGGAUGGGCCCUAAAUCCAGUAUGACUUUGUCCUUUUAAGAGAAGAGUUACAGUGACACAGACACACAGGGAGGUUGCCAUAUAAUGAUGGAGGGGAAGAUUGAAGUGAUGUGUCUUCAAGCCAAGGAUUGCUGGCAACACAAGAAACUAAGAAGAUAGCAUGGAACACAUUCUCCCUGCAGCCUUUAGAGAGAGUGGCUCUACCAACACUUAAUUUUGGACUUCUUUGAAUUGUGAGAGAAAGGAGGCCAAUAAGUUAUGUGCAUGUUGCGGGGAUUGGAGUGGAUCAAUGUGACUCUAGAAGCAAAUGGAUGAAUGAGUAUCCAUAUGAAGAGGAAAACAAUAAAGAAUAUCAACACUUCUGAAAACAGAAUGUUAAUGCUUGAUGGGAUGCCGGCAGUCAGAGUCAAAACAGAGCUUUUGGAAUCUGAACAAGGGUCUCCAAACGUCCACAACUACCCCGAUAUGGAAGCUGUUCCUCUGUUGUUAAAUAAUGUGAAAGGGGAGCCCCCGGAGGACUCGUUAUCUGUAGAUCACUUCCAAACACAAACUGAGCCAGUGGACUUGUCUAUCAACAAAGCCAGGACAUCCCCCACAGCCGUUUCAUCCUCCCCAGUUUCCAUGACAGCGUCUGCCUCCUCACCUUCUUCAACUUCAACCUCUUCAUCGUCUUCUAGUCGUCCAGCCUCCUCCCCAACUGUUAUAACAUCAGUAUCUUCAGCAUCAUCUUCGUCAACAGUAUUAACUCCAGGGCCCCUUGUUGCCUCGGCAUCUGGUGUAGGAGGCCAGCAGUUUUUGCACAUUAUCCAUCCUGUACCACCGUCAAGUCCCAUGAAUUUACAGUCUAACAAACUGAGUCACGUUCACCGCAUCCCCGUGGUGGUACAGUCGGUGCCUGUUGUCUACACAGCCGUGCGAUCACCUGGAAAUGUGAACAACACUAUUGUAGUGCCGCUUUUGGAGGAUGGGAGAAGUCAUGGCAAAGCACAAAUGGACCCCCGAGGCCUAUCUCCCAGACAAAGUAAAAGUGACAGUGAUGAUGAUGACCUGCCAAAUGUGACCUUAGAUAGCGUUAAUGAAACUGGAUCUACGGCCCUUUCCAUAGCCAGAGCAGUUCAAGAGGUACAUCCGUCCCCAGUAUCAAGGGUCAGGGGAAGUCGAAUGAAUAAUCAGAAGUUUGCUUGUUCCAUUUCACCAUUUAGUAUUGAGAGCACAAGACGCCAGAGACGGUCUGAAUCCCCAGACUCCAGAAAACGGCGGAUUCACAGAUGUGAUUUUGAGGGAUGCAACAAAGUGUACACAAAAAGUUCUCACCUGAAGGCUCAUCGGAGGACACACACAGGGGAGAAGCCCUACAAGUGCACCUGGGAAGGCUGCACCUGGAAGUUUGCUCGCUCGGAUGAACUGACCAGGCAUUACCGCAAACACACGGGAGUGAAGCCAUUCAAGUGCGCGGACUGCGAUCGCAGCUUUUCCCGGUCAGACCACUUGGCACUGCACCGCCGGAGGCAUAUGCUGGUGUGAGGGAUGCCACCCGUCCAGCUGAGCGUAAGAGCUGGCUCUCUUAGCGGCACCCGGUUCAGCAGGGCUGACUCCCCUCCACAGUGUUAACACAAAAGGGCAUCACCAUCCCACGAUGUCUGAAACCAGAGCAGGAACAAGAAGGAACACUUCUUUCGGUCUGCAGGUAACCCCCAUCGCGACUCCACGAGACCCGUCUUCACGCUGGCCUGGGAGAUCGGUGACACGGAUGCGGGAGAGACGGGCAUUGUUUUCCGUGCUGUGCGCUCUGCCACUGAACGAUGUUUGUAGCUUGUCCACUUUCUGAGCUGUCAGACAUUUUGUUAUUGAUACUGUAAAGGUCAUCUACCACAAAUGGAUGGCUUAGAGCGGAGACCUUUCACAUUGGGGAUGAUUCUCCCAUCAUCCCGCCCCCUAACCUCUUUUUACAGGAAUUUCAGUUACCAUCUGAGUGAGAUAGAACCCCCGUCCAAUCUGUUACCAGCCAGCAGCACCGACGUAGAAAAGAAGAAGCUGUUGGAGAGGUUCCAUCCCCUGAAAAGAAAGGGGCACUCAGGCAGCCCUUUGCAAUAGCGAUGGCGGCAGCUAGAUAGCGCCCGCGACUUGUCAUUAUGCCAUGCCCUGAAGAAAACCAACAUUGAGUCUUUCAUGUGUUUGUUGUUGAUUGUUUUUGUUUUUUGGUGUGUUUUUUUUUUGUUUUGAUUCUGUUUUGUUCAUCUGUUCACGCAGAGGGGUGGCGACAUUUCAGUCGGAGUCUGGUCCCGGUGUCUGCCCUGGCAUGGACUGGCACUGGGCUGUUCUGUGGUUGAAUAGGAAGAGCCUGUCUAAAAAACUACUGCCCCACUUCAAAUUGCAGUGUUCUGUCACCCAGGCAUCAUCUCUUCCUGCCCCUAGGAUUUGAUUACAAGGAAUCAGGGGGGAGGGAAAAACUUUCUUAGACACACUGGCACCAAGGUAAGGAGAGGUGGGGCUGCCCAGGCAAAGUCAGUGAACAUGAAAAAUCAGACAAAGCAGAGAUGGAAAUAAUGCGCCUCUUGAGGAGAAAAGCAAUAACGAAUAAAAGGACUUUCCUACAAUAACUUCACUGAGGACUCACGUUACCAAUUUUCAUACUUACUAAAGGGAUUGUAAAAAACACCCCAGCAUUUUAGAGGUCUUGGUUACAUGUACAGCACUGAGGUAAUCUUUCUGCUGUUUGUUGUCCUGCUAGGUUGACUACCACAAUUAAAGAUUAUGCUCCCCUUCUCUUGUUUGAAAACGGUUAUUUGGUGACGAGGCCAGGGAGGCAUAGCAGGGAAUUAACUCUUGGGUUAAUGGGUCAGCUCUCCUUGGAGCACAGUCAGCAGCAAGGGCGUGCUCCCCGAGGAAAGCCUGACAUGGUGCUCGUUUCCUCACUUGUAGCCAAGGCUACGCGACUCUCCAGUGGGUUCUUCUAUACAGACUUUGUUUUUUCUACACUGUGUCAGGACCUGGUGGUUCUGCAUUGGCACCUGCAGGGAUGUUGAACCCACUCAUCCUGUGCUGAGGGUGAGAGGAAAUUACAGUCCUGUCGACCCCCUAAAAUUAUGAGCCUUUUUGGCAUCUAGCAAAGUAUACAGUAAACAAAGCAAUACAUUACCAACAAACAUUCUUUCAAAAAAAUUACCAUAUUUUCCCCCCCACUGAAAGCUGGGUUUUUUUCAGCUUUAUGUGGUUAAGGGACUUGGUGAGGUUUUUAGUUAUUAUUGUUGUUAAGAUUUUUUAUAGCUUAGAUACAAAUGUUGCCAGCAUAUAGACUUUUGCAAUAUAUUUUCAUUAAAAACACUUGAUUUUUGGAAUUGCACAAAUUAACCUCACAAUAUUACUAGCUCAUUUUUAACUGUUUGAACAUUCUGAAAUAAUUUCCAGUUGCAGAAUUAUCCUUUUUUUAGGGUCGUCUUCUAAUUCAGUUAAUCUUAUUCUGAUGAAGCAAGGAUUAUAAACAUUGAAACAAAGGCAAUUUGUGUUGGAUGGUAUUAAAAGGAAUUAUUUUUUAAUGUUCAAGCAACAGCAUAAUGAUUUUCAGGUCAAAUUCUGUCUUUAGAAAUAUGUGCUCUGCAUUUUCUGCCAGGUCUGAAAAAUUCAUCAGGCAAUUUCCCUCCAACAAGGGCUGCAAUUCUAUUGACAAAUAGCUUCUUUAGCUACACGAUCUACUACCCACCAAGCACUGGGAUUUUUUUUUUUUACCAACUGGAAAAUUUUUUAUCUGUACUGUAUGCAACUGCUACUUCUCAUUGCCUGUGACCACGUGGAAUAGAGAAGGGUUGCUUGAGGCAUGCCAGCAUUGGUUAUUGAUCAGCAGCAAAGAGCACAGAGUGGGGAACCCUCUCAGCUAGUCCCAGAACCUAGUUGGCAGGUAGUAGGUGAAUCACUCAGGUGACGUGUAGGCUUAAUUUCAUCCUAACUGCUCUCAGAAGAAGGGCCAAUCCUGCUCUCUGCUGAGAGAUGUCUUAAGGGUGUUACAGGUAGGAAUAGUUUUUCGAAUUCAUGAAACUGACAGGCAGUGGGAGCUUCCUGAGUGGCAGCUUGAUUUAAAUUUAGCCCAGAACUAAAUGAGCUGCUCCUCUGUAAUAACAUAGGAAAGAUUCGGGAAAGUGCAUUUUUUGCCUCAUCCUCUGAAAGGGGAACCAGUCUGAGACAGUAAGGUAACUGCUAAAACCUGUCAGUGUUAACACCAUUCCCUCUUUGACGUGUCUAUACUUCUAAGGAGGAAUCCAAGCACAAGUAGUGAAUGAGUUGCUGUUCUCACCCCAAGACUCAAACUUACUUGAGUUUUCUACAAAUGUUCACCCAUGGAAAGGAAAGUGGUUUGGGAGAGAAGGAAUUGGCUUUAUAAGUAGGAAUGUCUUUAGGCAAAGAAUAGCCCCCUCCAUGUAGUUUUAUGUCCAUUCUAGCCUCGUUUAAAAAGCACAGUAGAUAAUGAAUAGAAUAAGUAGAAUCUGAAGGACUCAUCAGAUGUUCCCUCCCUAGAAGUGUUCUUUGGUCUGAAAUUUGAAGCUGUUCAGCAACUUUGCAGCUGGACAUGUGUGCAUGUUUGGGAACUUACACACGUGUGCCAGUGAUGGCUUGAGAAGCUACAGGAGACCGGGCUCUCUCUCUGCAUUGUGGAGACAGUUCAAGGGAGUUCACAUGAUUUGAAAAGCACUAAGGUUCAGGCUUUGAGGUUUAAAUAGAUUUCCUCUUCAUGUUCUGAUCUUAAGUUGUCAGAAAGAGAUUCACACUUCCCCAUCCUCCUCCGGCCCCAUCUUGCCAACUGUGUGCGGACUCGGAGAAGCCUGCUGGGUAACUUACAUUCUCUUACGGCAUUUAGACUGAAAUUCCUAAUGACUUGACCGUAAAGAUCAUACUACUGCCUGGCAUUACUUUUACAAAGCACUAUUGGACAUUUAUUUCCAAAAAGCAGUUGAGUAACAGUAACAUAAACCACAAUGGGGGAAAAGAGCACUUUUUUUUUUUUCACUUUACAGUUUAAGUGGAAAAUAGGAAGAGGAUUGUUGGGGGAGGAAGGGAUCUUACAAAAAGCUACAGUGUUUACAAUGCCAGUUCUAGAUUAGGCCAUUCUCAUGAUGGUUGAAAUUUUGAAUAGCUCAUACAAAGCUGUGUUCAUUUUUAUACAACCUUUUUAAACUUCGAAUUGCCAUUUGUGUUUCAAACCUAAGUAUAAUUCUACAUUUAUGGAAUCAGUUCAUUAGAAUGACAACAUGUAUAUGGAUAAAGAUGCAGUAUUCCUAUUCUGUACUUUAUUUAUUAUACUUACCAAAGCAACAGUUGAAUAAAUCUGGUGAGGUGAGGCCUUCAAAUGUAUUAAUACGCCUUUGUUAUGUUGUUAUGACUGCUUAGAAAUGUGGCCAGAAUGUUGUUAUAAAGGUGUCUUAGCAUUGAUAGUAAGGGUUGACAGAAUUCAGCUGAUAAGAAUACCAGCAUGGAUGAUACAUUGAGUUAUGACCUUCAUAUAAGGGACUGGACAUGCCUUUUAUGCAUCAUAAUAGGCCCAGGAAGCCUUAAUGCUCAUAGUCCAUAAUCCAGUCUCAGAUUUUGCUCUUUACUAAUGCCUAUAGAUUUCAGGAGUAAAUGUAUUCUACAACUUCACUGACCAAAUCUCUUUGCUCAGUUAUUCUGAGGUAGUGUUAUCUCAUUUAAAAAAUAUUUUGCUUUGAUUUAGUUUUGUUUAAAAAUGAGAUUUGGUAAGGUAUGUCUUCCAUAUUACAUUUCUACUUAUCCCCACACUGCCAUGUACUUACCUGCACAGGCACCACUGAUACAUGCAUACCUGUAUACACACCUGUAUAUGCAGCAGCCAGUGGGCUCACAAAUAUCAACAGAAAACUUUUUUAAAAGAAUGAGUUUGUAAUAAUCCAUACUGUCUAAAAAUGUAAGUUAUUUACCUUAAUGGGGAAUCCGCUUAUAAUGCUAUAUAUGACUUUGCCUGCAUUUUAUAGUUAAGAAGUGUACAUAAAAAUUUUAAAUGCUAUAUUUUCACAGGUUCAUUAUAGAGUAAUGUCUGUUUAGCAACUCAUGUCCAUUGGUACUUUAAGUGUGCUAAAUACUGUGCAAUUGCAAUAGAAAUUAAGAUUUUCGUAAGAAAAUGAAAUUGAGGAUACUGCAUCUUUAAAAAAUAGAGUGAAGAUAUUUUGCUGUAUUCGUAACAUAUGUGAUAGUGGAAAAAGUAUUUUCAAACACAAAUUUUACAGGGGUUGUAAAUAGUUUGAUGAAGUAUGUUGGGAAAAAGAGCUUCUAGUUUUCAUCACAAUAAAAAAAGAAAACUUGUUCAGAUAUGCCUUGUAUAUCUUACAUACAAUUAGCGAUAUUGCCAUGGGAACUCUGUUCCACAUUCUCACAGCACAUCCCUUGUGCUCUGACAAAUGGAGUGGCCACUUGUCUCAAUUCAGCCAGGGUGGUUUCAAACACAUUGAAAUCAUUUUAAGUUGCAGACAACUGAUUCCAAACUCAAAAUGUCUUUACCUGAAAAGGGGGAAACAGUUGCACAGCUUUUGGCUUAUGCUAAAGAGAAGCAUGUAGCCAUUGUUCUCUUUUCUCAGUUAUCUUCCUCCUCAGCCAAGUAGUUCUUGAUAAAAAUGAAAACUAUACAGGUGUUGGUGUUUAUUCUUGUUUAAUUACUGAGGGUAUACUUUUAGGAGUAGCUACAUCUUGACAAGAUUAAGUGUUAUGGAUUCGGCCACAUGUUAAAUGAAUCUAUACUGGCAAUAGAAAUAAGCUAAUACCCAUUUUCCGAAGUGAUUAAAAGCUGAAAGUGCCUGUCAAUAGACAUUAUGACCAAUGAGAUAUUCCUAUACUUUUACACAGCAAUAAUUCUUCUUCAGACUGGGUUUUUCCUCUACAUUUGGGAAACGCAUGCAUAUAUGCACACAGUAAUUUGGAUCUGUUCACACACCCACAAAAAAAUUCUCUUGUGUCUUCUUAAAUAUACCCAAUCUUGUUUAUGUUGGCAUUUCUUUAAUCAGUCUUACAGAACGUCAGAAUGCAAACCUGAAUAUUAAAGUUAUCUUUAACAUACACUAUGGCAUAUGACAGUUACAAUUUUAAGAUAAAAACUUCACUAUGAUUUGCCCCAAACUUAGGAAGCACUGAGCGUGCCUCAAAAAGUUUUGUUUAUUUAACAGAAGCCAAUUUGUUUAGAGCAAAACACUAGAGAUAUUUGUUUGCCUUACUUUAUCUACUAAUAUCAAAUGCACAAAUCCAUCUUUGUUUCCCUUUUCCCUGAUAUUUUCUGUUCUCAUCGAAGAACCAUUUUUGGAAUGAAUAUUGAAACAAUUAUCUAUCUCCUAAAAUGUCUACUGAGAUAUAACUGACAUCAAGUAAGCCAAGGUUUGCAGUUCAUCUGGGAAAUUUCCAGAUUUACGUUUAGAACCUCACAACUUUGAGCUAUCAUUAUUUAACUGCUAAAAGUGGAGUUAUGAAUAGAAAUAUACAAGGAAAUUAUAUGGGUAGACAAGAGCCCUGGAAAUUCUCCAGCCCUGCCAUCUCAGCAUAAAUCCACCCAAACAAGCUAUUGAGGGCUAUCAGUAAAAUUAUACUCUGUAGAGCCAAACAUUUGGUAAGAGCAAUUUAAAAGCAUGACGGUAAUUAAACACUCGGGUUGUAGACAGUGAAGGUGACCCAGAUGCCCGGUCUUCUCCAGAACCAGACCCCAGGCUUAGAAAGCCCUCUACCGCUUCCUCCUCCAAGUUUCAGAAAGAAAGAAAUGAGCCCGGAGAAGGUGGAAAAUCAAUUAAGUGUCAAAGGAAAGCCUUAACCUUACUGAAAUCAAGUCUUCUGACUGGGCUGCUUUCUGGAAGUUGUCUGAAAGUACUAUCAGAACAUGAAAGGUCAAAAGGUUAGCAAGCUAUGAAACAACGGCUAUUCUUUAUUAAACACUUACAUAUGCCAAGCCCUGUACUAGCUAAUUGUUUAAGACACAUUACCUCUCAUCUGUACAACAAUUUCAGAGUUUAUGGAUGGUAAACUGAGGCACUGAGAGAGGCUGUGUGGUCCUCAAACACAGAAAUCAUAAAUGGCAAAGUGGGGACGUGAAGCGACCUGUCCCUGGCUCUGAAGCCCGAAUUCUUUCCACCACAGCACCUAGCACCUGUGGACCCAGCAGCCAACUUUCCAUAUCUAACUCUUAAGUAGCUUUUAUUAUGAAUGCAUCGUUAUCAUAUUUUCCAAGUAAGAUACAGGGACAUGCUAUAGCACAUGACAGUGGAACAGAAUAUUUGAAAUCUGUCUUCUCCUAGUAUAUGCAGAUUGCAAUAACCAGAUGUCUCCCUGAAUUUGUCAAUACCCUCAUAUCACCAUCCUCCUAAAUGUUUGGCCUAAAGAUCCAAAAUCAUCAAAACUCUCCCCUACUUUGUAGCAUUUUAGCCAGAGUGGGGUUUGUUGUUUUUUGGGUUUUUUUUGUUUUGUUUUUUGUUUUUUUUUUACCAUUCUGUGCAUUUCUUUAGAUGUACUAAAAGCCUUUACACCUCUACAGCCCUGCUAGAGAGAGGCUGCUUAAGGGGCAUUUGGAAUGUUGACCUCCAUGGAACUAGUUGUUAAUAAGAGCCCAUUCCUAGUAGCUGUUAAUAAGGUGGCAAUCAUAAACAUUCAGGCGAUGAGCAAGGAGAGAUGCAGAUCAUUCCUCUUCAGAUUUCUCACCUAACAGCACCACCUGGGAAUGUUUUAAAUAAUCUUAGAAAUAAUUUGUUUAUCGUAUUGUUAGUUUAAUUGAAUUUUUAUGAGAAGCUGUCCAACAUUAGAGAAAUGAAAUCCCCUCCUCCUUUUCUGUGUAUCACAAGGUCUCUGACAGUAUUGAUUCAUAGAAGUACUAAUGGACUUAGAAAACAUUAAGAGAAUGUCGUUUCUCAUGGUGUUUCUUUUUCUGAAAAUGAAUCUCCUGAAUUAUGAUCUUUCUCCCUGUUACUUGGCUGAGAGAAGAGAUCAACCUGCAUAAACAAAUUCCCUCCUGCGCGGAAAGCCAGUGUUUGGUGUGCACACCCCACUCGGAGAGGGGCUCUCUUCCCAGUUAAUUGGGUUCCACAAGCAAUAAUUUCUCAACAACAAAACCACACCUUUCAGUGAGUUGAAAAGAGAUGAAUGGUGGAAAUAGUACUUUUUUCAUUCGAGACUUCAUCUCUAGACAUUUAAAAUCCUUGAGACAAGAAAGUCUGCUCUUUGUGUAAAGCAAGAACCAAUGACUCUUUGUGUGAAUUAUUAUAUCUUGCUUUUUCCAAAGCAAGCUUACCAAGACUUUUAUGGAGAUUGAUUUUUUGGUUGAGAAAUGAGGGUGAAUGGAAGAGUAGCAUUUGGGUCAAACUCUACUACUAAAAGUGUCCAAGUAAUCAAAAAGUAAGAUACUUUGAGGACAUAUCAAUGUCUUUCCUUUCCACCAAUUUCAUGCUCCAAAGAUGCUGCAUAAAACAUUAUAGAAAAUGCUUUUGCCCUACUUGUGCUUCUAGUUUUCCCAUAGCAGAAUUUUGUAAUUACAUCCAGACUGUAGUAUCUAUUUUGUUCCUCAAACUUUAUCACAUUGGAUGGGUAUUGUUGAACUGGGGCACUGGUGCCUAUAUUCAAGGCUCUUUCCUAUCAACUUGUCUGUCCACAAUUUGUUGUGUUUGAAAGCUCAUUUUUAAAAAUCACCAUCCCCCACACAUACACGGAAUGGUGGCUGUAUUGUUUUGUUCAUGUCUGUGGGACACAUUGCAUCACAUGGCAAACCAACUCUGUGUGGAAAUGAGAUAACUACUUACAAAACCAGCUUGAAAAACAUCAUCUUAUGUAUGAUGUCAUCCUGCAUCAUAAUGCAAUUAUGUGUAUCAUAACAUGUUCAUUUACAAAAAAAGAGAAACCAGCAAAUUCACGUUUGUCCAUAGAAGAAUGUACUCAGAACGUUGUGUGUUGUGAAACGAUGAGAACAGGCCACCUUUAAGAUACCCACCUGCCACUUAAAAUGACUUAGUUAUAAUUAGUAGUAGUCUAGACAUUGCUUUUGGUGUGUGUGUGGGGGGGGGGAGAGUCAUAUUCUUUUGAAUAAAUCUCUCAGUCAUCUUUGAAAAAAAGAAAUACGUGGGAUUAAAGAAAAAUAUCAUCUUUGGCCAAAUCAAGCAGGCAUCUUUUUCCUUUUCCUUAACACUGAGCUCAUUAUACAUGGUGAUUGGAUUACAGGAUCUAUCUGUGUAAAAAUACAAAAACAUCCUUUAGGCUACAAAGCAGUUAUUCUAGGCUUGAAACCCCUGAACAGCAAAUUGAAUAGAUGUGCUGCAUCUGAUUCACGUGUCGGAUGUAAUUUUACAAAAGCCUCUUGGGUCUAUAACCCCAGCGAGUUCGAGUGCCCAGAGGAGGUCAUACCCAGUAGAGGACAACCCCCCACCCCCCCUCAAUGAUGCUGGCAAGCAAGUGUGUUCAUUUCCAAAUCUUCAUUUUGUUUUCUGUUCAGAGUUUUAAUUACGAAUGAAUUUAUUUCUCCAGCUUAUCUACAGAUCUAAUUUCCCAAUAGUUUUCUCUGCAUUUAUAUACUCUGUAGUGUUUAGGCAGACUCUGUUAUAAGUUUAUUAAUAUUAUGUAAGUGUUGUUCUUGUAUUUAUGUAUAGUGUAUGUAUUGUAAAUAUACUCAGAGCUUUUUUCCUUUUACUGUAAAAUGGUGAUUUUUUUUUUUUUUGGCCCUAUGAUAAUGUAAAGGGAGACCCUCCUAAUGAGAUUCUCUCAGAGGAUGAUUAUUCCAGUCUAUUCUCAGAGAUUUAAAUGAACAAGUGUUAUCGUUUUUAAUGGUGUCUCAGACAUAUUCUGUUGGUGCAUUGCUUUUCUGUAUUCAACUUUCCUAUGAAUUGAGCUGUGAACUGAAAUAGAGUUUAAACCUUUAACUGUAUGCAUUUGUAUAAUUAUCUGAAUGAAGGCAUGAAGGUUAAAUAAAGCAUUUUGUAUGGAACAAAACUCCCUAAUUAUUACUAAGGC